UCUUUGCCAAUAGGAGUGAGGAAAUCUCACCUUAUCCACACUCCCUCCACGAACCUUAAUAAGAUUCAUAUCAUCCGCCAUGACUCCUUAUCCAAUAUCCACACCCACCAAAAACAACACAGACAGAGAGAAUAGUAGUUUUUGCCCCAAAAUUAUCAGCAAAAAUGGCAGCUAUGAACUCUAGUGUUUUGGCAUGUAACUAUGCCAUCUCAGGCACUGAACUUAACAGCAAAGUUGCUUCCCUGCCUUCAAUUGCAACCCCAGUUAAAGCAACAAACAAAUUGCCUGUGAUCAGGGCACAACAGACCAAAGAAUCACAAAGCAAUGAAGGAAGAAGAGCUGCAAUGCUUUAUUUGGCAGCAACACUUUUCACCACAGCUGCUGCUACUACCUCUGCUAAUGCUUGGGUCAUCGAAGACUACCUUGAAAAGAGCAAAGCCAACAAGGAAUUGAAUGACAAGAAGAGGCUGGCAACAAGUGGUGCAAACUUUGCAAGGGCGUUCACUGUUCAAUUUGGAUCCUGCAAGUUCCCUGAGAACUUCACUGGCUGCCAAGAUCUUGCCAAGCAAAAGAAAGUACCAUUUCUUUCUGAAGACUUGGACUUGGAAUGUGAAGGGAAAGACAAAUUCAAGUGUGGCUCCAAUGUAUUCUGGAAAUGGUGAAGAAUCCAAACUACUACUCCCUGUAUUUCACUUGUCUUUAUACCUUUCAUAAUAUGUAUCUAGUCUUCCAUUGAAGGAACUUUACAUCAAUUUCUAGUGUGCUAUGUUCAUUCUGCAUC